ACAGGUGGAGCUGUGUUGCCAAGCAGCAAAUGCUCCUUUCAGGAGCGGUUGCCCUGGAUUUGUUGCAACUAUCCGACUAUACAGGAUGAAAUGCAUGCUGCCUGCGUAUGUUUUGAUUGUUUUUUAUUUAAAAUAAUGAUGAGACUGCAGCAGCAGCUGCAGGAAGGGUCCGUGGUUGCAUCCACCUGAAGAUUUCUGAGACAAUUCCCAUCGUACCAGCGGCGGCAGCGCAGCACUUGGAAACGCUGAAUCAAUCUGAGAGGGAGAAAAAGAGAGAGGGAGAGAGAGAAAAAGAGAGAGAGAGAGCGUCGGCGGCAGCUCUGCAGUGGAAUACGCGGUUAUUUGAGGAAAGCUUGGAGCGACGUUGCGUUUUUAGGACUCUAUGAAGGCAUUACGAGAUUUUUCAAAUAUGUAACUCCUGGGCUCUUCUCACUUCACAAAACGCCUCACUCAAAUCUCCUGACAGCCCAAGGAAAAAAACAAAAGAGUAGCAUCUGUUUAUCUGCAUACUUCAAUGUUCAAGAAACAAGAGGAGAAAACAGAGACUGACAGAGGACAAAUGAGAUCUCAGAGGAUGUGGAAUUAGAGGGAACAAAUUGAUACCGGCGGACCGAAGGGAAAGUGAACCACAAAUCCACCGACGUGGAGCCACCUCACCUGUAUCUCCGGAUUAAAGAGCAGGGUCAUGUCCCAGUUGCCAUGCGCAUUGCCACGCUGACCUGCCUUCCCGGCCCUUCCCCCUUCCUCUUUCUAUUGGUCCAUCUGCUCCUGCGGCUCCUUCUCAUCCUCCACGGGCCGCAGUUAGCGGGAGCCGCCUCCACCUGCCCUUCCCUCUGCACGUGCUCCAACCAGGCCAGCCGGGUCAUCUGCACCAGGCAGAACCUGGAGCAGGUGCCCGAAAGCAUAUCAGUCAACACGCGAUACCUCAACCUGCAGGAGAACUCGAUACAGGUCAUCAAGUCCGACACCUUCAAGCAGCUGAGGCAUCUUGAAAUCCUCCAGCUUUCCAAGAAUCAGAUACGCCAGAUUGAAAUCGGGGCAUUCAAUGGCCUCCCUAACCUCAACACGCUGGAGCUCUUUGACAACCGCCUCACGUUGGUGCCAACACAGGCCUUUGAUUACCUCAGCAAGCUACGGGAGCUGUGGCUGCGUAACAACCCCAUUGAGACCCUCCCGAGCUAUGCUUUCAACCGCGUGCCCUCCCUGCGUCGCUUGGACCUGGGGGAGCUCAAGAAGUUGGAAUACAUCUCUGAUGCGGCCUUCGUGGGCCUCGUCAAUCUACGGUACCUGAAUCUGGGCAUGUGUGGGCUCAAAGACAUUCCCAAGCUAACGCCUCUCGUGCGUUUGGAAGAGCUAGAGUUGUCAGGGAACCGUCUGGAUAUCAUCCGUCCAGGAUCCUUCCAGGGGCUGGUGUCUCUAAGGAAGCUGUGGCUUAUGCACUCGCAGGUUUCCGCCAUUGAGCGCAAUGCCUUUGACGACCUGAAAAACCUGGAAGAGCUUAAUCUGUCCCAUAACUCACUGCGCUCCCUGCCUCAUGAUCUUUUCACACCCCUUCACCAGCUGGAGAGGGUACACCUCAAUCAUAAUCCCUGGGCCUGCAACUGUGAUGUACUUUGGCUUAGUUGGUGGUUGAAGGAGACGGUGCCCAGCAACACCACCUGCUGUGCCCGAUGCCAUGCUCCUCCACUACUCAAGGGCAAGUACAUUGGGGAACUUGACCAGAGCCACUUCACCUGCUUUGCUCCUGUCAUUGUAGAGCCCCCUACUGACCUCAAUGUCACCGAAGGGAUGGCUGCUGAGCUGAAGUGUCGCACAAGUACCUCUACAACAUCAGUUAACUGGAUUACACCCAACGGCACGCUGAUGACCCAUGGGUCUUACCGGGUGCGGAUAUCCGUUCUUCACGAUGGCACACUGAACUUCACAAACGUCACCUUGAGGGAUACGGGCCAGUACACCUGCAUGGUCACCAACGCUGCUGGAAACACCACAGCUACCGCUGUUCUCAACGUAUCUGCUGCUGAUGCCAGUAUCAACUACACCUAUUUCACCACCGUUACUGUGGAAACGGAUAACGGAGGAGCUAAUGACUAUGCACAGGUUGCCAUUGACGAGGCCAGCAUUCCCAUUCCUUCGGACCUGUUGCCAGAAGUGGUUCCGACCACCGCCUCCUCUCUGGCUGGCGGCUGGUCGUCCUCCUCUCCCCGGACAACUCAACCCACGUUCACUGUGCCGUUCACGGAGCCGGGAUUCUCUGGCCUGGACGAUGUGAUGAAGACCACCAAGAUCAUCAUUGGCUGCUUCGUAGCCAUCACCUUCAUGGCAGCAGUGAUGCUGGUGGUGUUCUACAAGCUGAGGAAGCAGCAUCAGCUGCACAAACACCACGGCCCCGCUCGCGCCAUUGAGAUCAUCAAUGUGGAGGACGAGCUGGGACCCGGAGCAAGCGGCCGGGGCAGCGGUAUCUCCGGAGGAUCCACUGUGACACAAAGCGCGGGCGGUGGAAUAGGCGGGAGCCAGAGUCUUCGGUUGCACCACCCGGAGAUUGUGAACCUACCCAACCUGGCACGAUCGGAUCACCUCAACCACUACUACAAAACACAUCACUUCAACAGCAACAUGAUGGGCCUGGGAAUGGGCACAGGGUCAGGAGUGGGCCUCAACAACAACAACAACCCUUCGCCGUGCUCUCAGUCACAGAGCAUAUCCUGCUCCCAGGUCCCUUCCAGCACCGGUGGGGGGACGUCCACUGGAGGCACCCUGCCCUCCACCGUAGCCCUGCCUCAGCUGGGUCUACAUAGCUCUCUGAAAGGCCUGAUGGGAAAAGGCCAGAACGAGCCGCUGCUUUUUAAGAGUGGCUCAAAGGAAAAUGUGCAAGAGACUCAGAUCUAAAAAGGUUUGAGGUAAGACAGAGUAGAUGGUAAAGAGAGACCAUUUGAGAGCGAUUGUAGCCCAAUGUCCUUAUGGACAAUCUUUAGACAGGUUCUACAUAACCUUUAUUUUGUGGUGGCCCUUUGUUAACAGAUAGUAAGACAAAAGGAGACAGUAGACCAGUCCCACAAACAGCAUUUGCACAGUUCCAAAUGUCAGAAUUACUCAUUGUGUGCAGCGUGAUACGGUCUUUGCCAAAACUCGAGAUCAAGCCUUUUCUCUCGGCGGACACAUGUGAACAAUGUGGUGAUCCCUUCAAGGAUGUAUACAGAUUGCUUCGUACAUUUCCAGAUGCUUUCAGUGUAUAUAUUUGGAGGGAGACGUGAUAUUGGCCAUUGAACACGUUGUCAGAUUAGUGUUUGGCAAAGCCAGGGAAUAACAAACAAUGAUUUGUGCGAGCGGGCGGUCCCAGGUUUUCAGAGGAAGUGAAAUAAGAGCAGAGCAGCAACGCCGCUUGGAAUAUCGGAGGAACAAAAAGUGGUUUUGCUCUUCGCUUUAUCACUUCUUUUCAAUUUUACACCUUACUGGUUACUGUCUUCUUUGUGAGAGGGGGAAUAUCAUGAAGGAAUAAAGGACAAGAUUAAGGAGAUACGAAGAAAACUGAAGAUACAUAUUAUAUAUACCGUAAAUAUAUUUUCAUUCAAAUAAAUAAAUUAUGAAAAAUCUUUAUCAAACAAAUGAGUGACCACUACGACGACUGCAGAAUAUAUAUAUUUAAAAAAAUUCAUUUUAAAAUUAUGCCCUGUCGUUUUAGUGGAACAACCCCUGGUUACUUUUCCGAACUGCUCUUCCUCUGGAUAAACGUGAAACAGCGGAGCUACAACGCAAACCUGGCAAAAACAAAAUCAAAAAAACAAACAAAUUAUUUUGGUGUUGACUCUUUUUUUUGCAGCCGUUUUCCCUCCCGCCUACAGAAACAGGGUCCUUUGAGAACGGAGAUGUUCUGCUCUCUGCAGCAAAACCACAAACACAUCAAACAUGGUGGCACUAAUAAUAAUUAUGACGGUAAUAAUGAUAACAAAUUUAGCUUUAUUUGUCAUAAAUGCAUUUAAAAUGGUGGAACAUUGAAAUAAUUUGACAUGCUAAUGACAUUAAUGUUACUGUGAUCAUUAUUGCUCAGUAUUAUUGUUACUGCUGGAGCCCACAGGUGACGGAGAAGAGACGUUUUUUCAUUUGUACAUGACGCUGAUCUCAUUGGGCAGAUUUAAGAGAACUCAUCAGCAGGAAUUGACCCGGCUCAUAAAAUGAGCUUCCUCGACCCCGGUUGACCCCUGUUGACCCCGUCCGAUGGGACCCUCAUGCUGUCUGACAUUGCGGACGAAGACUGCACCUUUUUGCAGAGUGGAUUAACAGCAGGGGGCGAAAAUGGAGGGACAUUUUUUUAAAAAGGUAAGAGACGCUGGUCUGCUGGAGGCUGAGUUGCAUUUAGUGCAGAAUUCAAUGGAGGGUAAAAUUUUUUCUAAAGAAAAAGGACAAUUAAAUGAAAAAAAUAGAAUCUUAUAGAUCUCUUUAAAAAAACAUGAAACAAAAUUAUUAUAAGUGUUUUUUAUUUUUGGUUUUUAUCUAGUUUGAUUUGAUUUGAUUUUUUAAAUCACGUGUUAUCUUUAUUGUAAUAUUGUUAUUAUUAUUAUUAUUAUUAGCUGAUUACGCUGAAAGAUGUUCUGUUAGCAGAGGUCACUGAAAAAUUAAAAAAACUUGGCACAUAAAAAAGGCAGUUGAAGUUUGUGAAAAUUUGGUGGCUGUUUCCUUUAAUGUUUUUUUUUUCGUCGCCCUCUGAUCAACUCUAAUCGUUGUAUCACAGUUUGUGUCUCUGUAGCGAAAGUGAUUAUUUUUUAUUU